CGGCACGCGCCGCCGCCUCGCGGUCAGACGCCUCCCACUCGCAGCUCCAUGUCUUUUCUUUCUUUGCCGAAUCAUUAGCCGGCUGCCGAUCUGCCCGUCUAGAAAAAACUAAAUAACAGAACAGCAAUGGCGUAUUCGCUCCAAGGUGGCAAUAAGAAGAAGGUUUGCUACUAUUACGACGGUGAUAUUGGAAACUAUUACUAUGGACAAGGACACCCAAUGAAACCUCACAGAAUCCGCAUGACCCAUAAUCUGCUUUUAAAUUAUGGACUGUACAGGAAAAUGGAAGUAUAUAGGCCACAUAAAGCCACGGCAGAAGAAAUGACCAAGUACCACAGCGACGACUACAUCAAGUUCCUGCGAUCCAUACGGCCAGACAACAUGUCAGAGUUCAGCAAGCAGAUGCAGAGAUUCAACGUUGGAGAGGACUGUCCUGUGUUCGACGGCUUGUUUGAGUUUUGCCAGCUGUCGGCGGGAGGGUCAGCUGCCGGAUCAGUGAAGCUGAACAGGCAGCAGACUGACAUCGCCGUCAACUGGGCCGGAGGUCUUCACCACGCCAAGAAGUCCGAGGCUUCUGGCUUCUGUUACGUCAACGACAUCGUUCUUGCCAUCCUUGAACUGCUCAAAUACCACCAAAGAGUGCUGUACAUUGAUAUUGACAUCCAUCAUGGCGAUGGGGUCGAAGAGGCCUUCUAUACCACAGACAGAGUCAUGACUGUGUCUUUCCACAAAUAUGGAGAGUAUUUUCCUGGGACUGGAGACCUCAGGGAUAUCGGCGCAGGCAAAGGCAAGUACUACGCGGUCAACUUCCCCCUUAGGGACGGGAUUGACGAUGAGUCAUACGAGCAGAUUUUCAAGCCGGUGAUGGCCAAGGUGAUGGAGAUGUACCAGCCCAGUGCAGUGGCGCUGCAGUGCGGGGCUGACUCGCUCUCCGGAGAUCGCCUGGGCUGCUUCAACCUCACCAUUCGGGGCCAUGCCAAGUGUGUAGAGUACAUGAAGUCCUUCAACCUGCCCCUGCUGAUGCUGGGGGGUGGGGGUUACACCAUCCGCAAUGUGGCCCGCUGCUGGACCUACGAGACCGCUGUGGCGCUGGACACCGACAUCCCCGACGAGCUUCCCUACAACGAUUACUUUGAGUACUUCGGACCUGAUUUCAAGCUGCACAUCAGCCCGUCCAACAUGACCAACCAGAACACGCAGGAGUACAUGGACAAGAUCAAGCAGCGCCUCUUUGAGAACCUGCGCAUGCUACCCCACGCCCCCGGCGUGCAGAUGCAGGCCAUCCCAGAGGACAUCGUCCCAGACGACACCAUGGAUGAGGACACGGAAGACCCUGAAAAGCGCAUCACCAUCCGCGCCUCCGACAAGAGGAUCGCUUGCGACGAGGAGUUCUCAGACUCCGAGGAUGAGGGAGAGGGCGGGAGGAGGAACGUGGCCAAUCAUAAGAAGGGCAUGAAGCGCGCCCGCGUCGAGGAGGACAAGAAGGACACGGAGGAGAAGAAAGUCGAGGUAAAAGAAGAGGAGAAACCAAAGGACAGCAGUUCUGAAAAGGUCGACACGAAAAGUGUUAAGGCUGAGCAGACGAGCAGUACCUGAUCAGCACCCUCAGGAUGAUGCUCCCGGAUGUCGGACUCCUCGUCACGCCACUGAUGUAUUUAUUUGCUGUGCUGUCAUAAGGUCUCACAUGUUUAUCCAUCGCAGCUAAAUUACUCAUGACUGUGUUUUAUACUGCCGAAUUUACUGAAGGAAAUCAGUAUUUCCUUCACGUUACUCAAUUUAUUGUAAUUUUCGAAAACAUUUUCUAUCCAUUUGUAUUUGAAUGUUUUUUUUUUUUUUAGAAAAUGUUUUUUUAGAAUUAAAUGCUGACUUUGAUAUUCUGAAUAUGCACAUUAAAUGUUUUAUACUGAAA